AUGGGGAAGAUCACCUUCUACGAGGACCGCGGCUUCCAGGGCCGCCGCUACGAGUGCAGCAGCGACCAGCCCGACCUGCAGCCCCACCUGAGCCGCUGCAGCUCCGUGCGCGUGGACAGCGGCUGCUGGAUGCUCUAUGAGCGCCCCGACUUCCAGGGCGCCCAGCACCUGGUGCGGCGCGGGGACUACCCCGACCCGCAGCAGUGGCUGGGCCCCGGCGCCGGGGUGCGCUCCUGCCGCCUCAUCCCCCAGUCGGGCUCCCACCGCCUGCGGCUGUAUGAGAGAGAGGACCACAAGGGCCACAUGAUGGAGCUGAGCGAGGACUGCCCCUGCCUCCAGGACCGCUUCCACCGGAGCGAGGUCCGCUCCCUCCAUGUGCUGGAGGGCUGCUGGGUCCUCUACGAGAUGCCCAACUACCGGGGCCGGCAGUACCUGCUGUGGCCCCAGGAGUACCGGCACGCCCACGACUGGGGGGCCACGGAUGCCAAGGCCGGCUCCCUGAGGAGGGCGGUGGAUUUAUACUGA